AUGUCAAUGAAUCCCUGUAAUCAUCGAAUUAUUGUUCCCGACUGCAACCAAAAGCUAUUUGAAAAAAUAGCACUCUCAAACUCUCGCCUUGCUCAAAUGAACCUUAUCGAAGAUGGGGAAUUAUUGGGCAAGUUCGCAACUGGUGUCGUGCCAACAGAAAUUUGGGGAAUUUUUGGUGGCUCUCAAAUAAGCCCUGAUUCAUCCGUUGUACUUUCAUGGGACGCCUUCCAAAGUAAUAGUGAACCAGGAGGAUACCCACAAAUCGCGCCAAACUUUAUUAUAGAAUAA